AUGGCAAUGCUAGCCCCCAAGACCGCCGCCUUCCCGGCGCCCCUGAACACCAACAACCCCAUGGUGUCCAGCGUCUCGACCGGCGGUAUGCCGCCUUCGAGACGCGCACCCACGAUCCCGAACCAGACAACCUCCUACGCCAGUCCCACAGAGUCCGAAUUUUCAGAGAGCGACGGUCCCGACGCUGUCAAGAACUGGGAUGAGGAGAAGGUAUGCGACUACCUCCGCAGCGUCAAGUGUGGCGAGUACGAGAAGCUCUUCCGCAAGAACCACAUCAACGGCGAGAACCUCCUCGAGCUUGACAAGGAUGUCCUCAAGGAAAUGGGUAUCGAAAAAGUCGGCGACCGCGUUCGCCUUUUUCUUGGAAUUAAGAAGUUGAGGACCAAGGCGUACGCAAACCAGAAGAAGCGGAAUAGGGAUUCGUUUGGGGGCCUCGAGCAGUACACCCCGUCCUCGGGCGGCUCUCCGCGGCCGUCCGCAUCCAGUGCCCGCACCAUGCCGACGCCUUCCAUGAACAAGCGCUACUCGAGACAGUACGACUCUUUGCCCAUCGGCGACACCUCGUCUUCCCGACCUACCUCGCCACUGCCCGGCUCCGACGCCAUCCGCCCUCUGCGUCCACGGUAUGGCCAAAGCCCCGGCUAUGACGUCAUCCGCGUCAUUUCAACAGGAGGCGUCACCAAGGUCGUCAAGAUUGCCGAUUGCAACACCUGCGAGGAGGUCAUGCGAGUUACCCUAAGGAAGUUUGCUCUGAGAGAGGACCAUGAGAGGAAUUACUGUUUCUGGGUCCUGGCUGGCAUCGAGCCGGACCCCAACCAGUGCAGACGGCUGGGCGACACAGAGCUGUGGCGCAUCAUCAAGGACCAAAAACGACCUGAGCGAAACCGUUUGAUCCUACGCCGCGUGCCUGCUGGCGAGCCUGGGAUGCCCGAGCUCGAGAGGGCGGCGGGCAUUGCUAUCGAGGAGGCCCAGCAGAACCACAGCCGCGCCCUUGAGACGGUCGAUAAGAGAAGUCAGAUGAAGGUGCAAAAGCUUCUCGGCGAGAGAUGGAACGAUGAACUACAAAGCCCUCUUUCGCCCGUGUCCUUCCGUGACCGGGAGCGGAACGUGUACAACACCGCUAAGGAACUCGAGCGACCUGCAUCCAACGACGGCCCUAGAUCGGCGGGUCCGCGGAGGAACAAGGGUAUUCUGCGGUCAUUUGGCGGUCUGCGACCUCCAAGCGAGCUCAUCGCUUCCGACCUCACAUCCUACUUCCCUGACCACCCCAGGGAGGAGAUUGACCGCACCGCUCGCUUGUCUAUGAGAAGGUCAACACGUUUGAGCAAGGUCAACAGUCGACUCAGCGUGGCCAGCAACCUCAGCUUCGCGUCCAGCAUCCAAGACGCCCCUCCAAUUCCCACCAUCGCCGACAGCUGGCUUAAUGCAUCGAACAACAUGUCCAAGCCGCGGUCUGGUCUGCGUGUCACGCAUGCCUUCCGCGACUCGGUUGCCUCUUCCAUGCUCGACACCCUUCAGGAGGAGUCUCCGGUGGAGCCAAACCGCAAGUCAUACGUCUCCUUUGCCGACAGCUCCGACGGUGCCAGCGCUGCGGCUCUAAGCGUAACCGACCCCGAAGGCAACGUCACAAGGCGGAGCUAUUUUGAUGCCGAUGGCUCGACCGGAUCUGGGUCUCUCAAGGAUCUCACACAAGCCCUCAACGAAGAUGGGGAAGACGCAGACGAGGAGCUCGAGAGCUUCCUCGCGGGAGAAUCCUGGUCCGACGACAAGUGGAUGAAGGGAGCCAUGAUCGGCCAGGGUUCUUUCGGCUGCGUCUACCUCGCACUUCAUGCCGUGACCGGUGAGCUGCUGGCUGUGAAGCAAGUCGAGGCUCCUGCCCCUGGUGCCAACAGCCAAAACGACGCACGCAAGAAGAGCAUGAUUGAGGCCCUUAAGCGGGAAAUCAGUCUGCUCCGCGAUCUGAGACACCCGAAUAUUGUUCAAUACCUUGGAUGCAGCUCGUCGUCGGAAUACCUCAAUAUUUUCCUCGAGUACGUUCCCGGAGGCUCAGUGCAGACGAUGCUCAACUCAUACGGCGCCCUGCCCGAGCCUCUUGUCCGUAGCUUCGUCCGCCAGAUUCUCACUGGACUGUCGUACCUUCACAACCGGGACAUCAUUCACAGAGACAUCAAGGGUGCCAACAUCCUUGUCGACAACAAGGGUACUAUCAAGAUUUCCGAUUUCGGUAUCUCCAAGAAGCUUGAGGCGUCCAACAUCCUGAGCGGUGCCAACAACAACAAGCACCGCCCCUCGCUUCAAGGGUCUGUCUUCUGGAUGGCGCCUGAGGUUGUGAAGCAGACAUCCUACACCCGCAAGGCCGACAUCUGGUCUCUCGGCUGCCUGGUCGUCGAGAUGAUGACAGGCACCCACCCUUACCCCGACUGCAGUCAGCUACAAGCCAUCUUCAAGAUUGGCGGUGGCAAGGCUGCACCCACGAUCCCGGAUCACGCGUCCGAUGACGCCAAGACAUUCCUUUCACAAACUUUCGAAAUCGACCACAACCUGCGCCCGAGUGCGGACGAGCUCAUGCUUAGUCCCUUCCUUACGCCCAUCACAUAA